CAAGUAAUAAACUAAGCCAGAAGAAAAGUAGCAACUAGAAAAACAAAAGCAUCUGUAAGGAACAGAAGCUGUAUAGUUACUUCCUCUUUAUCAAGUUCAAAGCACAAAGGAAAGAAAGUGCAAGGAAAUAGAAGAAUCGGAUUAUUAGUUAGAAUAGCCAUUAAUUUCUUUUCUCGCCAAAUUUUGAUUCAGCUCUGGAAGACAUCUUAACCUUCAACUUGCUACAAAUAUAUGUUUAGACACUUUCGCCCUUAACUCACAGGAAUUAUCUAUCCAUCUAUAUCAAAAAACUUGUACGACGAUCUCAAUCAGUUUUAGGGUCCGCACAUCAUCAUCAUCAUCAUCACAUUGUUUCAACGACCCUUACUUCAUAACCCUUUACAAAAUAAUUAUUCCAUAUUAUUCUAUUGUCACUGAAUAGACUAGAGCAAAAAGCUAAUAUAUUCAAGUAAUAAAAAUGACAACUAGAAGUGCCGUCAAUCACUCGACGGAUCUACUAUUGGGAGAUAGUACGACCAACAAAUCUCCUUCUACCUCGGUUCAUAAUACAACUUCAAUAUCUCCUAAUCAUAAACUAUCAUCCGACAAUAAUAUUAAUAAUAUUAAUAAUAAUAAUAAUAGGAAUAAUGGUGGUAAUAAUGUAUCCAUUCAAAAAUCAUCUAGUAUCGUAUCUAAUAAUUCUAGCAAUAGUGGAAAGGAUGAAUUACCUCCAUUCUCUUUUAAAAAGAAGCCUAUAGAUCAAUAUUCCGUGGUUAAAAAUAGAUAUUCAUCACUUUGUAGAACAAUAUCAUCAUCUUCAACUACUUCAAUAAUGACUACUGCCUCAAUGACGACAACAACAACAACAACCAAUAAUAAAAAUUCUACAUCUAAAGAAAGUGAUUCAUCUCCUGCAGUAAUGUUUAAAGAUGUUGAUUAUGAUGAACAGAUUCGAUUUCCAAGAAUGAAUAAUAUGAACUACUACACUUAUAAGAAGAAGAAGAGUAAUGAUGAUGAUGAUCAAGAGGGAGAAGUUGCUGUUGAUACAGCUGAAAAGGUAAAACCAGUGAUUGCCAAAGCUCAGGAAGCUCAAGAUAAUUCUAAUACUGCAACUAAGAAAUACCUACCUGCUGCAUUUGAUCUUAAUCAACCUCUUCGAAGAUAUUCCCUUCCAAAUAAUAAUAAAAAUAAUUCUGACCCUGCAUCAGCCUUUAAUAUAUCACCUGAUAGGCAAGUCCUGGAUUCCCAGUCUACAAAAGAAGGUACUGAACAAACAAAACAAUCUCCACUAGAAUCUCAGGUAGAAGUGGAAGAUGAACAAUUGUUGAGAGAAUAUACGUUGAAUAAUUAUAUAUAUCAACGUAAUAUAGAAUUUGUUCAGUUGAAUCAACAAAUCAAUAACUUGAUGGAUGAUGAUAAGAAGAAGUUUGUUGAUUAUAUACCUAAGAAUAAUAGAAUUAGGAAUCAACUUUCAUUUGCUAUCCAUCCCACAAAUGAUACUAAUUCUAAUACUACUACCACUAAGACAGUAACUUCUGAUGCUGGUAAUACUAAUACCAAUACCAAUACCAAUACCAAUACCAAUACCAAUACCAAUACCAAUACCAAUACCAAUACCAAUACGAAUACUAAUCCAACGGAGAAUAAUACGACUACUUCGAGUACAUCAUCAAGUAGUUCAGCUAUCUCCAACAUGACAUCAACUACUACAGCAUCAUCGACUUCUUCACACCAACCUUCAACAACCGCAACUAUUAACCAAGUCUAUCAACUCAAAAAACCACUUAGUACUCCGGCAGUGCUUCGUCCCAAUAAUACUACUCCUUUAAAUCCUGAACUUCUCACUCCUAUUCAAACUAAUCAUACAUUUGCAACUUCGAUAUAUACCAUUUCUUCUCCAAAUCAAGGGGUUAUUGAUCAUGAUGAUGAUACCUUUGCAGAGCAAGAUGAAAGUGAAGACGAAGGUCAGCAUGAUACUUUGACUUCAAGAAAGCAUUCAUUUACAACCAGUCUUGUUACCACCAAUUUUGCUAUUGAACCUACGCAUAUACAUUGGAAGAGUAAUAACUUCACAUCUCGUUGUAUGCAAUGUUUUAAAAGCUUUGAUAAUUCUCUCUUGGCUUUAUUCUAUCAUUAUUUAAAUCUGACUAAUAACACUCUGACUGAAGAUGCACAAUUAUCAUUUGCAGCUUCUAAAGUUCCAGCUUCAUUCUCAACCAGAAGAAGCAAACAUCAUUGUCGAUUCUGUGGAUUGAUAUAUUGUGAUGAUUGCUUAGUCCAAAAUGAUAAAUUGGGAAGUGUAAGUCCACAACAUGAUCAACCUAUCCUCUUGGAUUCUAAUGCUAGAUUUGUUAUUCCCAUUGUUAAGAACAUUCAGCAACUUUCAUCUAAUUCAUCAUCCACAGCUCAAGAUAAGGUUCGUCCAGUGACUGAUCCUAACUAUUAUAAGCUUUUUAAAGUUUGUCUAAAGUGUAGUCUUAUUUAUCAGGCAUUCCUUAAUGAUGUUAAUAGCAAUGAAGAUUCUAAUAAUAAAGUGACUGCGCGAUUUUUAAAACAUAGUCCAUUUAUUUAUGUUGAGAAUCCGUAUGUUGAUAAAAUGAAGCAAGAGGAACAAUUACGAAAGAAGACGACUGGCAAUGAUUUAAAAAACAAGAAUAAGAGAAAAUUGUCGGUUCAAACACCGGGUGUGGCAGGGACAUUUUUAAGAACAGGUAAACCAGCUGGAACUGGUGGUAAUGGAUCUAGUGCUAUUGAUGAUAGAAGACCGUCUAUGGUUGGAGAGGUACCUUCUGAUUGGACUUGGAGUUCUUUUUAAUUUUUGUCUGAUAUUUUAUUUCAUUUUAUUUCAUUUUAUUUCAUUUCUUUAACUAAUUAAUUAAUUCAUAUCUAUAUUUCUUUCUUUACUUUCCAUAGAUUACUUGAUAUACAAAAUGUUGCGUAACGUUGCUGCAAAAUGCAAAGUAGGCUUGGCUAUAAAAUAUUUGGCAUAUAGACGAUUGGACAUUUAUGUCUAAGUGUCACAAUAACCGUCAAUAAAAUAAACGAGCAGAUACAUAAUAAAAU